AUGAAUCGUAAUGCGGCUCGACGCAAGCGCUAUGCAGAUAUGCCGCAACAUUUAAAAGAUGCAAUGUUGCGUCGACGGAGAGAAAAAUACGCUGCUCAGAAAAUACGGUCCUCUUCUGUUCAUGCUCCUCCCUCGAUUGUGUGUCCUCAUAGGCAGUCCGAACAAGCCAAUAGGAGGUCUCCUUCUAGGUCUAGACUUGAUUCUAGCUGUUCUGCCUUAUCAAGUUCGAGCGACCAGCCGCUCAAUCCUACAGAUAUUCAAUCAUCUACUGCUACCUAUAUUUCGUCUCAGCAAUCACCUCCUCCUACUUCUUCCCCUCGCGACUCGUUACUACCUCAUGGAGCUCGUGACACUAUCAACUCGAAAGAAGUGUCUCCCUUCACAUCUCCUACUCCUCCUGCCUCUUCAUUGGCCAGACCUGCUAAACGUAACUUGGUUAGUUCGCAACCAGCAGGUGCCGUUCAAUCUGCCAAGCGGAUAAAACCUAACACCACGCGGCUAUCUCGUUUAGAAAAGAUUCCAUCUAAACCGCUGACCCUUCCUGACGUCCCUUGUUGCCGUCAUUGUGGUGCUAAGAGGUUUUACCUUGAACCUCCAGGUUUUUGUUGUUCAAACGGGGCCGUUUCGAUUGUGCAGCAUGCAAUGCCUUAUGAUCUAAUUCGUCUUUUCACUGGGACGGACGAAGAAAGUACUGAAUUUCGCAGGAAUAUUCGCACUAUUAAUAACAAUCUUGCUUUCACUACUUUUGCUGCAAAAUAUGAUAGGAACCUCACAAAAAAUAGCCGCGGGGUUUACACCUUUCGUGUACAAGGUCAGGUCUAUCACUUCCUUAACAGCAUCGUGCCUUCAGCCCCCUCUCCUACGGGUAUUCAGUUGCUAUUCUAUGACUACGAUGAUGAAGUGACAAUGAGACUUCGAGACUCGCCCCGUUUGCGAGCCGACACUCUUAAAUUUUUAAUUCAUACACUUCAGAGAAAUCCUUAUACCAAGUUCUUUAGGAGUCUUCGUGAAGUUCCUCACCUUGAAAGACAUCGGAUCGUGCUGAAUUCUGAUCCAGGAUUGGAUCAGCGGGUAUACAAUCUUCCAGCUACUUCUCAAGUAGCUGCAAUUUGGACCGAGAGUGAUGACAAAGAUCUCGAGAAAAAUGUUCACAUUCAGGUGUACAGCCAUUCCAGUUCCAGCCAUAGAAUACAACAUUAUUUUGCUUGUUACGACCCCUUGCAGUAUCCGCUCUUGUUCCCUCGUGGGGAAUCUGGCUGGCAUCAUGGUAUUCCAAAAAAAAAUGUUUCCUGUCCUAAAAAAAGGAACAUUGAUGAGGAUGAUAUGCUGAGCGAUGUUUCCCUGAUAGAAGGACCUUCUGAAUUGAUUGAUCUCGAAAAAACAGCUGCCGAAAAAGGGAAAACAAAACGAGACACUGUGUCUGCCAGAGAGUAUUACUGUUAUAAAUUUCAGAUGAGAAAUAAUGACAUGUCGAUGCUGUUACACGCAAGGCGUUUGUUACAGCAAUUCACAGUUGAUGUAUAUGUUAAGAUCGAGACGUCAAGGCUUAAUUUUCAUAGGAAAAAACAGAACGAAAUUAGAUCCGAGGUCCUUAAGGGAGUCAUUGAUAGCAUGUCUGUUGGCUGUACUACUGGGAACCAGGUUGGUCGUAGAAUAUAUCUACCAGCUUCUUUCAUUGGUGGCCCAAGGGAUAUGAGGCGUAGGUACCUAGAUGCUAUGUCUUUGGUGCAGAAAUUUGGUAAGCCCGACCUGUUCUUGACUAUGACCUGUAACACAAUGUGGAAAGAGAUACGUGAUCACUUGAAGUAUGAUGAGGAACCUCAGGAUAGGCCAGAUUUGGUUGCUAGGGUGUUUCGGGCAAAGUUUGAGGUGCUUAAAACUGAGAUAGUUAAAAAAAAACUAUUUGGUGAAGUGGCGGCCUUUGUUUAUGUAAUUGAAUACCAGAAAAGAGGCCUUCCUCAUGCCCACAUGCUUGUGAUUUUGAAACCAGAAGCUAAACCAUUGAACCCAGAGGCAUAUGAUAGAAUGGUUUCUGCUGAGCUGCCCGACCCAAAUGAACAGAGUUACUUGUACUCCCUUGUUAUAAAACACAUGAUGCACGGUCCUUGUGGAUCACUGAACAAAGAAAAUGUCUGUAUGCAGAAUGGAGUGUGUAAAAAUCAUUAUCCGAAGGAGUAUAUUGAGCAUACUACGCAUUCUGAAGAUGGCUACCCGCAUUAUAGACGAAGGAAAAAUGGCAGAUCUGUUAGGGUCAGAAACCAUUCUUUGGACAAUAGGUGGGUUGUCCCCUACACUCCAUACCUUCUUGCUCUUAUAGAUUGUCACUUAAAUGUCGAAAUCUGUUCCACUGUUAAACUGGUCAAGUACUUGUACAAAUAUGUCUACAAGGGACACGAUCGGGUGAGUUUUCAUAUACAUUCUGAGAAUGAUCCAGAAACCAUCGAUGAGAUCCAUGAAUUUCAGUCUGCUAGAUGGGUAUCAGCAGCUGAAGCAAUGUGGCGCAUUUAUAGGUUCCCGUUGAAUGAAAUGACGCCUUCCGUUUACACGCUUCAGCUCCAUCUUCCAGGAGAACAAGUUGUUUCUUUCCACAAGAAUACGGAUUUGUCAGAUCUGGUUGAUAGUUCGGAUUUUGCUAAAACGAUGCUGACUGAAUUUUUUGCCAUGAAUAGGCGCAGUAAACAAGCGCGCAAGCUGAAAUGCCUAUAUCGAGAGUUUCCAGGGCAUUUUGUUUGGCACGCUGAUAAGAGAAAUUGGACUCGCAGAAAGCGUAGGAAAGUAAUUGGCCGAGUGGUUACUGUCCGUCCCAAUGAGGGUGAACGAUAUUUUCUAAGAUUGCUUUUAUCUCAUGUCCGGGCGCCAAGAUCAUUCAACCACCUUCUCAGAGUCGAUGGCCAACUUGUAUCUUCAUUUCGAGAAGCUGCCUUUCGAAUGGGCCUGCUCCAGUCUGAUACCUACAUAGAAGACACUCUUGAUGAAGCCGCUACAUUCCACAUGCCUUGUUCACUUAGAGCCUUGUUUGCAAUGUUACUUGUUUUUUGCACUCCUUCCAAUCCCAUUAGUUUAUGGGAGAAGUACGAAGCUGACUUAUCCAGUGAUUUAGCAAGAACUGCCUCUAUCACCGGCUGUGAUUCUACUUAUAUUAAGAGGUACGUGCUACAGGACAUAAAUAGAUCAUUGGAGCAGAUGGGUAAGCACAUAAGUGAUUACCGUCUUGUUCCUGAUCAUCUUCUAUUUACUGACCAUGAACGCAUAACCAAAGAAAUCGAAAGUGAGCAAACCGUGCGCUGUUCAGAGCACGAUUUGCUGGCUGUUUCUCAGCUGAACACUGGUCAGCAAGCUGCAUAUAGUGCCAUUAUGGCUGAGAUCUUUUCGCCUAAUGGCAAUAGUUUCUUUGUCGAUGGUCCCGGGGGAACCGGUAAAACCUUCCUAUAUCGUGCUUUGCUUGCUACUCUGCGGACGCAUGGUCAUAUAGCCUUAGCAGUUGCAUCAUCCGGUGUUGCAGCCUCUAUUCUUCCUGGGGGAAGAACUGCACAUUCGCGCUUUAAGAUCCCUCUUGAUGCAUCAGCUGCUAAAACUUGCCAAAUUAGUAAGCAAAGCUCGACUGCUAGAUUGAUUGUUAUGGCUAAGUUAAUCCUAUGGGAUGAGGCUUCGAUGGCAAAGCGAGACACCAUUGAAGCGUUCGAUCUGCUCCUCAAAGAUAUCAUGGAUAGCGAUAAACCUUUUGGCGGUAAGGUCGUGGUCUUUGGCGGGGAUUUUCGUCAAACUCUCCCGGUUAUUCAAAAUGCAACAAGGGAUAUUCAGGUUCAGGCCACCUUUGUUAACUCUGCUUUGUGGAGCAGUUUACAGAAGGUCACUCUAACAGAAAAUAUGCGAGCUCUUUUAGACAAACCGUUUUCAGAUUUUCUCCUUAGAGUGGGAGAUGGAACUGAACCAGAAGAUUUCGAUGGGAAAAUAUCUCUGAACAAUGACAUUUUGAUACCAUACGACGAAAAGGACAGCUCUCUUGACAGGUUAUUAGACUCAGUGUUUUCGGACUUGCGGAUUUAUUCCUGCGACCCCUAUCUAAUGAUAAAUAGGUGCAUUCUCUCCGCAAUGAAUAGUGCGGUUGAUGAUGUAAAUCAGACGAUAAUUGAUCGCUUCCCAGGUCAGCCUUAUACGUAUACAAGCACUGAUAGGACACUUAACGAGCGAGAUCAAGGAGAUUACGAAGAUUUCCUUAACUCUUUAAAUCCAAAGGGCCUCCCUCCUCAUAAAUUAAUCCUAAAGAACAAUUGUCCUGUCAUUUUGAUACGCAAUCUCAACCCGGCUGAAGGCCUCUGCAAUGGAACUCGCCUCAUCUGUAGAGAACUCAAACAAAAUACAAUUUGUGCUGAAAUUGCUGUUGGACAGCACCGAGGAAAAACAGUGUUGCUCCCAAGGAUUCCGCUUCAGUCAGCUGAUAACGAGAAAAAUGGAAUCCCUUUUAAGAGGACUCAGUUUCCAAUUAAACUCUGUUUUGCAAUGACUAUUAACAAGUCACAGGGACAGACAUUGGAUUACGUGGGAAUUUAUUUACGUGAACCCGUGUUUUCGCAUGGACAGCUUUACGUUGCUCUUUCUCGUGCAAAAACUUCGUCAGCUGUCAAAGUUCUCAUUGUGCCAGCGACUUAUAGUGAUUCUGCUACCUGUACCAAAACAAGAAAUGUUGUUUAUCGUGAGGUCCUGCAAUUAGCUAAAAUGAUGUCUGAGUUCCUGAAAAUUGCUGACAUCAAGCCAAAAAUGCAGAAUUGGUCUGCCAAAGUUUUUGUAAAAGAAAAAAUGCAUCCUGGUUCUGGCAAGACCAGCCCAACCAGAUAUCAGAAAUUUGUACUUUCUGAUUCAGAGGGUUCUAGAGUCCAAGGAAUCCUUUUCAACAAUGCUAUUGAGAAAAUGGGCCCAAAGCUACAGCUGUAUAAAAAAUAUCGCAUCUCUAAUGCUGAGGUGAGGGAGCUAGAGAAGAAAUACCAGUUUGAUGGUAUAAGCAUCCAGUGGGUUAUAAGCACUCGUACUGUUGUUGAAGAGGACGAUGAUGAAGAUGGCUCCGUCUUGCCCUUUCAUUUUGACUACAUCCCUUUCAGAGAUUUCCCACUCUUUGUAGAUUCAAAGAGCGAAACUGUUGGUAAUCUUCUAACCUUAGAUUGCAUGACUGCUACAUUUCUUGGAAUCAUCAAAUGCUCCUUUCAAAUAGCUGACUCUUCUAAGUCCUCAAUAUUAGAUGUGCUCGGAGUGGUCAUUGAUGUACAGUCCACUGAACCAAUCAGAAUUCAAUCGCACGAUUCGUAUGUUCAGCGGUUUGUCAUCGUUAACGAAGAAAUGCAGCCAAUUGUUCUGUCUCUCUGGAACAAGUUUGUUGAGUCCGAAGGCAAACUUCUUAUGCAACUGCUAAAAAGGAGGCCAGUUCUUAUUUGUCGCAGGCUCAAAGUUGUCUCUUAUAAUGGAAUUGCGCUCUCGACUAGAAACGAUUCGGUGCUUCUCAUUGAUCCGCCUAUUGGAGAUGCAAGCCAGUUGAAAAAUUGGGCAAUGAGGAAUGAGAGCCAGUUUGCUACACUGGCUCAGGAAAAGACGUAUAACAUGCACAGCCCCAGCAUGUUUCAUUUAUCAAAAUCCAAGGUUUCUACUAUACAAGCUGUUCUGGCGGCUCAAAAGCUCGCCUGGGUUAAAGCUCGCUUCUGUUUCCAAAACAUAUUCCAAAAAUAUUGGUAUAUGUCAUGUGUCAAGUGUCAUCGUCAAACAUCAGCCAAUUAUGGCCACACUUUUACCUGCAAUCACUGUAAUGAGAGGCAGCCCGCAGCUCCAAGGUGCCGCUUUGAUGUCGAUCUCACUGAUGAUACCGGCGUUAUGACGGCCUCUAUAUUUGGUGAACUAGCUGAGCAAUUGCUUGGAAUUUCUGCAGUUGCAGCAAUGAAUUUUUAUGACAAGAAUGAAGAACUCCCACUCGAACUAAUUCAUGACACGCUGAAGUCCAAGACAUUCAUUGCUCAAGUUAAGCCUGGAAACACCAAAGAUGAUGGGACUUACCAGCGAUACACAAUUGUUUACUACUUUGAGGACACCAAAGACCAUGACCUCCUUGUUGAACAACCCCCGAGUAGUUCUCAUGUGGCCAGUCAGCUUUCUAUAGCUGAUACUCUGGAGAAGCCAUGUUCUUUUUCGAAGAGCCACUCCUGCUCAGAUAAGAAACUAAAUGUUCCUGAACCAGCAACUCAAUCUUCUGCUAUAAACAUAUCAGACAAGCCAUGUAGUUCCUCUAAAGCACGCGUUUGCCUUGCAAAAAGAAUUGAACUCAGCGAGGAUGCCGAAGCUACUAUAUCAGAAUCUGGUGAUGUCGCGGGCAGCAAAAAACCAAGGAAUGCUUGA